ACUUGAUUAUCCUGUGCGUGUUCUGUGAUUUUGUUCGUCCGCUCGAAAUGACGAAGAUAUUAUUUUGCUUUGCUUGUGUUCCUCUUUUUAUCGUGUUGGCGAACGCCUCCUCAAAGGUUGAAACUAAUUCAUUUGGAAAACAAAGUAGCGGUCUAAAUGUUUCGGCGAACGUUGUAGAUACAACUCCGGUCUGCUACGGAGAAUUAGGAUGUCUCGCUUUGAAUCAGUCAUGGUACAAUUCGUUGCAUAGACCGAUUAACUUGAUGCCAAUGACUAGGAAUAGAAUCAAUACGCAUUUCACGUUAUUCACCCGAGAGAAACCAAUGCAAGGGCUCAAAAUUUCUGCCAAAAAUACGACUGAAAUUACUGCCGCUUCAUUCAAAGCAUCUCGACCAACAAAGUUCUAUAUUCACGGUUAUCUUGCCGAUGCAUACGAAGACCGCAUCACUACGCUAGUUGCAAGAUUAUUGGGUAAUGGAGAUUUCAAUGUCAUCGUUGUACAUUGGGGAGCUGGAGCGUACACUACUUAUGGCCAAGCAGUUGCAAACACACGGCUCGUUGGGCUAGAAAUCGCGUUCCUUGUCAACACUGUGAUAGCAAAACUUGGCGUGAAGGCUUCUGAUGUCCAUUUGAUUGGACAUAGCUUGGGAUCGCACAUAGCGGGAUACGCAGGAGAAAAAAUUCUUAAUCUCGGUCGUAUUUCAGGUUUGGAUCCUGCCGGUCCAUCUUUUCGCAGUAUGCCCCCUUUUGUUCGUUUGGAUCCAUCUGACGCUCAGUUUGUUGAAGCCAUUCACACUGAUGGUGGUGCAUUAGGCUUUGGACUUUCGGAGCCUGUGGGCCACCUAGACUUUUAUCCUAACGGUGGAGAAGUACAACCUGGCUGUGAGCCAUACCCUGCUAACUUUGUAGCUAGCAUUUCUGCUCUGGCUGCUGCCAACACCACUUUAACGGAUAUCGUCGCUUGCGACCACAUGCGAGUCAUUUAUUUGUAUAGUGACUCGUUUCUCUCACGUAACAACUGCCAGACUGUAGCGUAUGAAUGCUCCGACUAUGACUCUUUCAACAAAGGAGCCUGCAUUUCUUGUGGAUCUGACAAUACCAAAUGUGUCCCGUUCGGGUUACAGGCCUCUAGUUAUCCCAGUCGCUCUCGGAGAAAUGUCAAAUUAUUUUUCAAUACCGGCUCUAAUGUUCCUUAUUGUCGAAUGCAUUACGCAGUUAACGUAAGCCUGGCGAAGGCACAGCACGCUAAAAUAACUGUAAAUGGAAAACUUGGAUUGACUGUUGGUGGAGACAAAGGUGCCGUGUCAAACGUCCAGCUAAUACAGUCAAAUAUUGGCGCAAAGCUAGAACAUGGGAAAAAUUAUCAGUACCUUUUUUCUAUUGGAACUAAUAUUGGCAAGACGAGAAAAGUGAAUCUCCGCUGGGAUUAUGUAGUUAACCCAUUGGACCCUUCAACGAUUUGCGGUUCAUUAUGCAACAAAAAGCUUUAUGUGAACAGCGUCACAAUUUCAUCGCUCAACAACUACCCAGAAAUAAAUAGAAUCGCAAACACUCUUAAAGCCUGUCCAUCAUCUAGUCCUGGAAUUAUCGGAUCUGAAUCCAGUUCCGAUUUUUCCGUCGGUGGUACUUGCGCGAAGUAAAUAAAAAAACAAACAAGCAAAAAAACGGUUAUGGUGUAACACAGUGAACAUUUUGUCUAUCACUUUCUUUUGUGUUCUGGGAAUUUUGGUUGCGGAAAGUAAGGCUAUGGGUGGUGAUUUUUAAAAAAAUACUAUUCGAAAUUGAAUUGACGGCCUUGGGACGGUUUUGACGGACAUUCACAUGCGCUUGAUUAUUGGAAAUUGACAAUGAAUAUUUCUGAUACUUGAAAACAAACGAUUUCUUGAAUAUAAUGUAAUUUUAUUUUCCGAGUCA